UUACAGUGUAAACGAGAUAAAACACGUCAGGCAGCUAUGUGUAUAUCUCGUUUAUACUGUAAAUAAGAUAAUAUAUCUCGUUUACAGUAUAAACGAGAUAAAAGAAGACAAAUUUGCAGCUGCUAUAAAAGGAUGUGUAACCCUUGGUAUUCUCCACACACAUUUUAUGUCCUUUUUCUGUCUUAUUUUUCUCACGAAAACAAAGCAGCAAUGGCCAAUAACAGUGUAUAUAUGGUUGUUGUGUGUUUAUCCCAAUUGUCGUAUGGGAAAUGGCAACAACGGGUGACAUUUAAGUGUGAGAAUCCAAUAUUGUUGCGUACUUAGCGUGUAAAUACGUUGUCGGAGUUGAAGAGUUUGAUAUUGAGCAAGCUCGGUGGUACAGAAGUGAGGGAGAUUGGAAGGGUGGGAUAUAUGUUGCUGGCACCCAUGGGUAAUGGAGUUUUCCGGUUUCGACUAUUCCGACUUCAAGGGGGAUGAGCAUGUGUGACUGAUGUUCGACAUCCAUGGGAGGAUCAUGGCGGAACAGGUAAUGGAGCUUUCCGCCGAGGUGGAAAAUAGUGGUCGUGGUGGUUCUGUACACUCAACUUAUGUACAGGACGACCGACCUCUUGCACCACCGCCCAUUCAUGUCGCAAUUCCAUUGGAUGAGGCGAAGAAGGGCGAGGAGGAGUCGGACGAAGAUUAUAUGGCAGAUAGUGCAGACAGUGAUUCUUCCGAAGGCGGCGAUGAGGAUGAUUUUGUGCCGGAGAUGCUUGCCCAGACUGUGGCGCGCCAUGUCCUGCCUCCACCUCACCCAAUUCCGACGCUACACACGGUGCCAAGUCACUAUCACAGUUUGGAUCUAGACGCCAUGCAUGAGAGGACUCCAUUUUCUGACACGGGUGAAGAGGAUUACAACUUAGACGGUGGGGUAGAGUUUCGGGUCGGCCACAGGUUCAAAUGCCGAGAGGCAGUGCUGCAGGGUGUGAAGAACUACAGUAUUUGCAGGAGUGCUGAGUACCGGGUGAUCGAAUCGGACCGGUUAAAGUAUCAUGUUCAGUGCCGUCAAGCUAACAAUGGGUGUCUAUGGAGCCUUUGUGUGGCCCUUCGGUAGAACCUCAGAUACUGGGAGGUUCGAAGGGUUGGUGGAGCGCACAGUUGUCUAGCACCCACCAUGUCUCAAGACCAUCGUCAGUUAGACAGUAGUCUCAUCUGCAGGGUCAUAUUGCCGUUGAUACAGUUAGGGGUGUUCGCGGUGCGGUUUGGUUCGGUUUUAAGAGAAAAAGUCAUCCGAUCCGAACACUUAAUUUAUGUGCGGUGCGGUUUGG